AUUUGCAAGGCAGGGGGAGAAAUAUCAAGCAAACCGCUGAGAGGUUUUCUCUCUGGCUCUUUGCGCGCCUGUGCGUAAAAAAAACUGAAAGCCUGCCGAUGAUCAGAUAGCCAGAGAGGAGCCAGACAAGGAAGUUGGGAGGAGGGACCAGUGCUGUGGCGUGGUGCGUGCGGAGAAGAAAAAAAGUUUAUACUGGAUUCUCCGGACAACUCCAGCGCUGUGAAAUCGGAGGAUCUCUCCAGUUCUGGUUCAGUUUAGUACGCAGACCAGUAAUGCGCACAAAAGGACGCAAGACUCCAGUGGUGCCAAGCUGAGAGACGACUUUCGGACACGCUGUCUUUUUAAGAAAGUUACACACCUAUGCUGUCAAUGUCAGCACAGGUAGUGAAGAGGAUCCCGGAAGAACUCGUAGUGCAGGUUACCAGGUUGUUUGCAUAGCCUGAACUUUACUGAAAAGCGAGGAAGCGCCGAUGGACUUGUUUACCUUGUUAAAGAAGUAGUUAUUCUCUCUUAAAGUUGUCGAUCUUAACGUAAAUGCACGGGCAGAAGAUGAAGGAUCUGAGGAAGAAGAAGCUGUACGUGGUGAUGGACGUGCUGUGCGUUUUAGUUGCGGCACUGCCCUUCAUCAUUAUGACCAUCGUGUUCAAGCCUUAUCAAAGAGGGAUUUACUGCGAUGACGAAAGCAUCAUGUACCCCAUAAAACCAGACACCAUCACCCAUGGCAUGCUGGCAGCUGUCACCAUCUCCUGCACGGUCAUCAUUAUCUCCUCUGGAGAGGCUUAUCUGGUCUACAGCAAGAGGAUUUACUCUAAUUCUGACUUCAACCAGUAUGUAGCUGCUCUCUACAAGGUAGUGGGCACCUUUUUGUUUGGAGCAGCUGUGAGCCAGUCGCUGACUGACCUUGCCAAGUACACCAUUGGCCGUCCGAGACCUAACUUCAUGGCCGUAUGUGCCCCCAAGGUCUGCACAGGAUACGUGCAGGGGAUCAACUGCACUGGCAAUCUUCAGGAUGUAACAGAGUCCAGAUUAUCCUUCUACUCUGGUCACUCCUCAUUUGGGAUGUACUGCAUGCUCUUCCUAGCACUUUAUGUGCAGGCGAGACUGGUGGCUAAGUGGGCCAGACUUCUCCGGCCCACCAUCCAGUUCUUCCUGGUGGCCUUUGCGGUGUAUGUGGGUUACACCCGAGUCUCUGAUUACAAGCACCACUGGAGCGACGUGCUGGUGGGGCUGCUGCAGGGAGCGCUUGUUGCUGUGCUCAAUGUGCAAUUUGUUUCUGACUUCUAUAAGAAGCGUCCUCCACGUUGCAGUAGGCCAGACAUAGCUGAUAGCGAAGAACCAGAGAGGAAACCCAGCGUGCAGAUUGCAGACUCCGACCAUGGCAACCAUUACAACUAUCACCACAAUCCAGGCCCUGUGUGAUAGGGGCUGACGCUAGGGAACAAAGGCUGCAGCCUGCAGAUCCCAAACCUGUGUGAUAGGGUCCAACUCUAGGCCUUCAACCUUGAUUGUGCAGUCAACAGUGUUUAGAUUACCCGCAAUCUGCAGUCCUGACUCUGUAGGCUGCCCUCUGCAGACUCCUGAUGCUAUGUGAGGUGUUAAAUUUUUGAGUGUCUAUAUGAAUUCUGCAACCAGUCCUUUGUUUAUCUGAUUGAAAGGAGUGAAGCUAGGGAUCUGGUCUGUAGCUUGCAGCCUCCAACCCCCCAGCUCCCUCCCUCCACGUCAACCACUCACUCCCCACCUACUCCCCAACCACUGGACUGACUGAGGGGGCUGCAUCCCAUCUAAAGGUGCCAGAGCCCCUUCUUAAAAGUAUCCACGAUGACAUCCUUUUCUUCUGUAAGAGAGAGAGGAGUAUAAUGUUUUUAAUACAUCAUUCUUGAUGUUGAAGUGUAUGUGCUUAAAGCUUCAUUAAGCGAAAGACUCAAGCAAAAGCAAACAUACAGCAGAAACAAAGGAACACGUGCAUCCCAAUGAGAGUCCGAUAUUCACUAGCCUUUAUGCUGCCACCUCCUAAGAAAAAUAUGCUCUCUUCGGCUUGAUACAUGGAAAUGACACAGGAAACAGCUGCCCGGAGUUUUAUAUAAUGGGUCACUCGGUUGGAUUUCUGCUAUAUGAAUUAAAUUAAAACAGCUUGAAAGUGGCGAGAAUAUGAUGAUUGGUAGUACUAGCGACUCUUUUACUUACCAGGAGCACUUUUAAUUUAAUGGUAAUAUCAAAUAAAUUGCUUAAUGAAGCUUUAACAUUUUUUGUAUGUUUUUAAUUUCAGUAUGUAGGGAACCUAAUUUGUUGACAGUGGUGAAAGAACAAGAGGAAGAGAGACAUGCAUGCUUACAGGUGAUGGUAAAGGCACAGUUUGUUAAUUGGAUAAGCUUCACUUUAGUGCACCUUAAACCAGCUACACACUAGAGGAGUGUUGCAAAUCAUUAGAAAUGAUUGAAAUGGAAACCAGUUCACAGUAGAUGAGCUAAUUUUCUCCAUAUAUCAUGUCAUCCUGUUGGCAUAAAGGCUCCCUAAAGAAAAAUGUCAGCUGCAGGCCACCGCAAUGCUGCUUUAAAAGAUAUGUAUGUUGACUUAACCAACAUGUCAAACAAGAAGCCAGCUCUCUUAACUGCCACACAAACAGGUCUGGGUAUUUCCUCUGACAAACAAUAUAACGUUAAGUUACUGUACAGGCUUGACAUGCCUGGUGACUCACACUACUUUGAUCAAGUCUGUUUUACUAGUAUCAGUGGAAUUCAACUCCCAGCAAUUAAACUUAAUGACAGCUCUUAAGUGUCAUAUUAUAUCACUGCCCAGGUGUGCCAGAUAAGAGCCUGACUUCUGAUCCCAGGAGUGCCAACUAGUCUAAAUCUGAACUGAGGGCAGACUUUAUGUCCAGACUAAUGUCAGAUUCUCCCUUAACUGUAGUGAUGCCUUUCUAAAAAGUUUGUAAUUUUUUGUGUGAAAUGGACUGCAGAGGUAGAAACCAUUGAUGCAGACAACUUUAAUUCCUGUUGGACUUUAUGUGUCAUACCACUACUAUAUUGCCAAUCAAAAAUUAGGAAAUUUGGCCUUUAUUUUCUUCUUCUUUUUCUGUUUUAUUGUAUAUUUUAAAACUCAAAUAAUAAUAAUAAUAAUAAUAAUCAAAGAAGGAUGAGACAGCCAUUUUGAAAAUGGUGUUUAAUUUAUUUUAAAUACAAGAAGUUUUUUAUUUGCUCUUACAAGGUUGGAAAUGCCAGCGCUGUUAAGGUUUUUGUGCAAUCAUCCCUGCUUGCCACUAUGAGCCACAAAUACUGUAUAUACUAAUGCUAUGAGGCAUGUUUCAUAUUGCAUGAAGGAUGUAUAUACAGGCUUGUAUGUUUUUAUUUCACAUGUAGGUACAUUUUUUUUAUUUUACCUGUACAUUGUGCUUUGGCCCAUGCCUUCUCAGACUGGCGGCUUUUGGAGUUGCCACACAAAUGGAUCCAAUUCCAGGUCCAAACAUAAGCCAGAUGCCUUGGCAGUGCUUUUAAAGGACUGUUGUGAUGAUAAAGGGUUACAUACCCAACUGUGUUUGAAGCUAGUAACACUGCCCCGUUCCCACUUCAAAGAUCUGGUCUGUGUUCCUUUUCCCCUUCCUGUGCUGAUAGAUGGGGUUAAUUUGCGAAUAAGGUCUCCUGUACAGUUCGUGUACAGCAAGCAGACCCCUGGAGGACUGACAACAGAUCAGACAGACCACAAACCUGAUAGGGGGGAGACAGGAAGACAGAGAGAAUCUCACCUGGUAGUGAUUGUGAAGCCCUGAAGCUGAGCAGGGAUUGGAGAAAGGCUGGGUACUUUAGGAGGUGGGGUGGGGUAUCCCAUGGUGAACCUCUGUCCCUGGGGUCUUCUACACUUUUGAAACAUAGAUUUAUAACAAGAAACAGCUGGAACUGGUUGCGGUGAAGUGCUGUGGCAGCCCCCUCCCCUGCUGACUACAUCUAAAUCAUCCGUGUGUUACUGCAGCCAGACUAAUAGCCCAAAUGAGGAUGAGGAUGUAGAAACGUCAUGGUGUUUGAUUCCCCUCCAGUUUCAUGGAAACCAAGGUUCUCAGCUGGUGAUGUGGCUCCAUGUGUUAUUGAAUUGGUGCCUAAUUUAAGGCUCUCCUGUUUAUAUGUCAACUUGUAGGUAUGAUUCAUGUUGUUUGCUUUUUGUAUAUAGAUUAUAUCUAUAGGCUCUAAACCAGAGAAUUUUAAAUAAAGAUAUAAUCCACA